CGCACGCUCCCGCCGAACCUGCUCGCCGCCCCUGGCUGCUACAACGCCGGGGAGGGAUAAGGGCGCCACCCUGUCACCUCGGGGACGCCUCCCCUCCCACUACCCCAUCCCACUUGCUCUCCCCUCUCCCCUCAUCUCCUCCGCCCCUCCACCGGGCGUUGCCGCCGCUGUCGCCUCGCCGUAGCCACCAGCCUCUGAACAGCCAGCCAAGGCGCCCAGGAGGACCGCCACCGUCGUCCUCUUCAUCUACGAGGACCCGCAUGAACUCGGAAGCCCAUGAGCCACCGUCUUCCUCGAGGAUCGCCGACAGCAUCUGUCGCUUCCUCACCGGGAUUGAUCCCGUCUUCCUCCUUCGGUCACUGCUGCCUCGUCACGGAUCAGCUGCUCCGGUGCCGCCUGGCCUCCCCGACAGUGUCCCCGACCCUCCUCUCGACCUCAAGACCGACGCUGAUGGCUCUGAGUACGACUACGUCAACGACGACCCCUCCUUGCCAGAGCAACCAGAUGACGGAUCCCAGGAGCCAGACGACACCACUGAUGAAUACUUCUACCCCGAGGGUGUCAACUACUACGUGACGGCCGCUGACGACUUGGAGUAGUUAGGAGGCUCCCAGGCAGGAGGCCUUGCCUUUUCGAUCAAUGUUUCUUUUGUGCUAGCCUUCUUAAGGCAAAACUUGUUUAACUUAUGUCUGUACUCAGAUAUUGUUGCUUCCGCUGACUCUUGUGUAUUCGAGCUUAUGUAUUGAAGCCCUCGAGGCCCC